CUCUCUUCCAGUUCUUCCAUUCUUCCUUUUCGUAUUUUGUUCACUUUGAUUUCUUCUUCCACACCAUGUCCCACAUUUGAAACGGCACUUUCUUUUGCUUUUUUGAAAGUGUUUUUAGUAAUAAUUUUUUUGCAUUUCUGGAUCCUCCAUCAUGCCGCCGGGUAAGCGCACUCGCGAGGCAUCUCCUGCUUCGUACGCUGAUCAGAACCUAUUUCCAAGCGCCACCUCUACUAUCAGCGGUGGCAGCGAUGCGAAAAAGAACAAGAAACCUCGCCAUACACUCUCAUCCGAUAUCAUCAGUUCAGCGCCUGCCAAAACACGUCCUGUUCAGGGAAACAAAUCCCGACUGACUGACUCGUCCCAGCAGACAGCCGACUGUCCCUGCGGAAACUGCUACCUACCUGUUGCGUAUGAGGUGUCCAAGACCAGCGCCGCUUCCUGCACCACGUGCAGCAGCAAUCCAUAUCAUUCCGACUACACAGUGGGAUGUAAACCGACACACCACUAUUUGUCGCCACAUCGCCUUGCAGUCAAUCGAGAUAGCCAUCUGGUUAUUUCACCCAACGAUGUUCUGAAAAAGCGCUACCAUGUGCUGAAAAUUCUGGGCAAAGGAACAUUUGGGCGUGUGUACUGCGUCAGGGACAUGAAAAGCGCGACGAUGAAGGAGAAACAGCUGGCUUUGAAAAUUACACAGUGUACGGACGAUGCCCAACAGGAUGCCGAAUACGAAAUUAACGUGCUAAAAGAGCUUUUAAAGUUGGAUCCGGAAGCGCGACAUCUGUUUGUGCGCAUGUUCGACAGUUUCACCUACCAUGGGCAUCCGUGUAUGGUGAUGGAGAAGCUGGGAUGCAGCUUGUACACCUUCCUGCAGUCCAACGAUUAUCAGCCAUUUCCUUUCGAUCAGCUGCGCAUCGUGGCCUAUCAGCUGUGUUAUGCCGUCAACUUCUUGCACGUGAAUAACAUAAUUCAUACCGACCUGAAGACCGAUAAUGUGGUGUUGGCUGUUGAGCCGCGGGAAAUUUUUCGUGGUGAGAAAGUCCAGUCGUUGAAGUCACUGGAAAGCACCGAUAUCCGCAUCAUCGACUUCGGUUCGGCAAUUUUCGAGCACGAAUACCACGGCACUUCUGUGACCACACGGCAGUAUCGCGCGCCGGAAAUAACCUUGCAAUUGGGAUGGUCGUAUCCGAUUGACGUGUGGAGCGUGGGCAUGAUUUUAUUCGAGCUGUACACUGGAACGUCCAUGUUCGAAAGAGCACGGAACACUCGAGUUCAGUUGGCAAUGAUGGAGAGAGUGUUGGGAAAAAUUCCGGGUGACAUGUAUCGUCGAGGAGAGAAGAAAACCGUGUACGCAAAAAAUGGCCGCCUUAGCUACGAUAAGCGGUGUUCAGAGUGGCAAGAGCAUCGACGUUACUGUAAACCGCUGGCGGAUUGCAUGCGUGAUCAAAAUUUGGAUACGGUGCAGUUUUUCGAUCUCUUGUCGAACAUGUUGCGAUUUGAACAGGACGAGCGCAUCACUUUACAACAGGCCCUGGAUCACAAGUAUUUCAGUGCGCUGAGACCGGUCCAAAAGCUUCAUAUGCGUGAGAAGUUGCAAAGAGGCAGAAAAUAACGUUUGGGAUAACGUCGUUAAAAAAUGGCCGUCGGACUACGAAGAUUGCAGAAAUUUGUUUUAGUAGUUGUAACAUGGGUGUGUAGUAAUAGAUGUUAUUACGUGAUUUUAUUUGUCUUAGACAUGAUUUAGUUUUGUUUUGAACUCGUUUUUAGAUAGACAUUAUUAUUUUUCUCCUUUAAUGUUAACGGUAUUAGAUAAUUUUGUGCUGUGUAUUUAGAUGGGUGGGUACGCAAGUGUGCGACUUAAGAUAGGUAAUAGAUCUUUUGUUUUCCUUGGUUUGUGUACUGUAUAUCGCCGUUUUCGUAAAAGUUACCGGUAACAAAACAGCAGUCACGC